UGCGAAGGUGUCCCACGACUGACAAUGCUGGAGAGAUAGCGCGUUUUGGAUUGAGAAAACUCCCGUGAAAAAAGGACAAGAAGAAAAAAAAAAAAAGAAAAAAAGAGAUACGAGGAGAAAAAAUCCAAAGCCAUCGACUACCGGCACCAUGAGGUCGAAAAGCAGGGCACGGAAACUGGCCACGAGUGACGGAGAUGAGAACUUCGCCCUGUAUCCGGCCGAGCUCUUGGACGAUGCAUGUGUCUCCAAUGGCAACGUCCAACCAUCUCACUUCUCCUCGCUCACAGAAGACCAGCCAUCUCCUGCUCUGUCUGAAGAAGACAUCUCACCAUCUUUCCAGCUCCACUCACACGGCCUGGUUUGGACUCAGGAGGACUUGAGCGUUCCUGAGGACUUUGAGCUGAGAGAGUCUUCAGUUUCGGGGUCUGCGUUGGGUGUCUGGACUCACAGAAAGGUAGAGGUUGGAGAAAGAUUUGGACCGUAUAUCGGAGAGCAGACGUCGUGUCUUCUGGAUCGCACUCAAGGCUGGGAGAUCUUGGACAGCUCUGGCCAUGUAAAAUUCUGCGUGGAUGCCAGCAAGCCUGAUAUCGGGAGCUGGCUCAAGCACGUCCAGUUUACCCCUGUGUCCGAGCAACACAACCUGACGGCGUGCCAGAUAGAUGAUCAGAUCUUCUACAAAGUCACUCGCGAGAUCUUCCCCGGUGAGGAGCUGUUACUUUUCAUGAAGGCUGAGGAGUAUUCAUGUGACAGUAUGGCCCCAGAUAUCCACGAGGAGAGGCAGUAUCGCUGUGAGGACUGCGACCAGCACUUUGAGUCUCGCUCCCAGCUCUUGGACCACCAGAAGCAGCCGUGUGGGAUGCCCCCGGUCUCCUUCCUCAACCCAGGAGGAGACAAUGAUCUGAAAGCCCAGGAGCCUGAAGACCUCCGACCACUGCACCUGUCCCAAGGGUUUCACGAGUGCAAGGAGUGCGACCAGGCCUUCCCUGAUAUCCAGAGUCUGGAAGCCCACAUCCUGUCCCACUCUGAGGAGAGGGAGUACAAGUGUGACCAGUGCCCCAAGGCCUUCAACUGGAAGUCCAACCUGAUUCGCCAUCAGAUGUCACAUGACAGCGGCAAGCACUACGAAUGUGAAAACUGCUCAAAGCAGGUGUUCACAGACCCCAGUAACCUGCAGAGGCACAUCCGCUCACAGCACGUGGGCGCCCGGGCACACGCCUGCUCCGAGUGCGGAAAGACCUUCGCCACUUCGUCAGGCCUCAAGCAGCACAAGCACAUCCACAGCAGUGUCAAGCCCUUCAUGUGUAAGUCACUAAGACCCUACCUAUGUGAGGUCUGUCACAAGUCCUACACACAGUUCUCUAACCUGUGUCGUCACAAGCGCAUGCACGCAGACUGCCGCACGCAGAUCAAGUGUAAAGACUGUGGGCAGAUGUUCAGCACGACAUCCUCUCUCAACAAGCACCGGCGCUUCUGUGAGGGGAAGAACCAUUUCACUGCUGGGGGCUUGUUUGCCCAGGGCAUGCCCCUGCCUGGUGCUCCUGGUUUGGACAAAUCUGCCCUGGGCAUGGGCCACAGCAGUGCUGGACUGGCUGACUACUUUGGUGCGAGCCGCCACCACGGUGGGCUCACCUUUCCUGCAGCUCCUGCGUUUCCCUUCAGUUUUCCUGGCCUGUUCCCCUCUGGACUGUACCACCGGCCCCCUCUCAUCCCGGCCACCACCUCCCCGGUCCGACAGCCGCACCACACACCGGGGUCAGGGCCAGAGCUGCUCCCUUCUAGCCCUGGGGUCCAAGAUUCUCAAGAGCUGCUCAAGGCUCUGCGUAAAGACGGAGGCUCUCCUCGUACCCAGAUGACCGCUGCUGAUUUUCACACCUCCUCAAAGCGAAUCAAGCCAAGCGACCAAUCAGAGAGCAGCGAUCUGGAUGAUGUCAGCACUCCCAGUGGCAGUGACCUAGAGAGCACAUCGGGCUCUGAGCUGGAGAGUGACAUGGACAGUGAGAGGGAGCGAGGGGCUGCGCGAGAGAAUGGUAAAGUGUCCAAACGUAAGGCCAGUGAGGGAAGCUCCCACAGCCCCAAACUGCUGGGCAACAGUGCUGCUAAAGACUUUCCGGGCCCCUCUUUGAUGCCCUCCUCGCUGGACGAGCACACAGCCGUCACAGGGGCUGUCAAUGACUCUAUUAAGGCUAUUGCCUCUAUUGCAGAGAAGUACUUUGGUUCAACGGGACUAGCCGGCCUUCAAGACAAGAAAGUGGGCUCUCUGCCCUACCCCUCAAUGUUCCCACUGCCUUUCUUCCCUGGAUUUUCUCCUCCAGUUUACCCAUUCCAAGAUAAAGACCUCAAACCUCCAGGCCUGAAAGGUCAGCCCCAGUCUCCUGGGGAAGACUCCAAAAAGGUGAAAACAGAGUCACCUUUUGACCUCACAACCAAGCGUAAGGAGGAAAAGUGUGAGGUGCUAGUCCCCUCCAAACCAGAGUCCUCACAGAACAACCAGGACCAGCCUCUGGACCUGAGCCUGGGACCACGGGCACGAGGACGCAGUGGGAAAGAAGAAGAGUCCAAGAAGAUUUAUGAUGAAGGCAAGUCCGUGCUGGAGGUCCCCAAAGCUGACACCUCUUUACAGCACGCCCGGCCCACUCCCUUCUUCAUGGACCCAAUCUACAGGGUUGAGAAGAGGAGAAUGAGUGAUCCAUUUGAGACGCUGAAGGACAAGUACAUGCGGCCAGCUCCAGGGUUCCUCUUCCAUCCCCAGUUUCGUUUGCCAGAUCAGAGGACUUGGAUGUCUGCGAUUGAAAAUAUGGCGGAGAAGUUGGAGACGUUCGGUUCUUUAAAGCCGGACACUGGUGACCUGCUGCGUUCUGUCCCCUCCAUGUUUGAUUUCAGAGCUCCGCCCACUGCCCUCCCCGAGACACUGCUACGAAAGGGCAAGGAGCGCUACACCUGCAGAUAUUGUGGCAAAAUUUUCCCCCGCUCUGCCAACCUGACCCGCCACCUCCGGACACACACAGGAGAGCAACCCUAUCGGUGUAAGUACUGUGACCGCUCGUUUAGCAUCUCGUCCAACCUCCAGAGACACAUCCGUAACAUCCACAACAAAGAGAAGCCCUUCAAAUGUACCCUGUGUGACCGCUGCUUCGGCCAGCAGACCAACCUGGACCGCCACCUCAAGAAGCACGAGAACGGAAACCUCUCAGGCACUGCCAUGUCCUCCCCUCAGUCUGAACUGGACAGUGGAAGCGCCAUAUUGGACGACAAAGAGGACUCCUACUUCAACGAGAUCCGAAACUUCAUCAGCAACGCUGGGCACAACCAGACCUCUCCAGACCCAUCCGAGGAAGGGAUGAAUGGCGGUCCAUUCGAAGAAGAGAAGCCUCUGAUGUCCAGCCGUGGGUCACAUGACCUCGAGGAUGAGGAAGCUGAAGAUCUUGGUGCUGAGGAAGACGAGGGCGAGGAGCCUAAAGAGUCUCCUGGGAAACCUGACAGCCAAUCACCUCGCGGGAAUCUCAGUGAUGACGGCACGCAGGAGGAAAUGAACUUCAGUCAGAGUGAUGACUUGAACCUCAACUGCAAAACCUCACCACGGAGGUAUAAAGAGGAGCCAGAGGAGUGUGAGAGUGCGUUCUCUGCUCUGGAGCACAUGCAUCACUUCUCUGACCUGAGGAAGCUGGAGGAGAGCGAGCUGAGUGAGGGAGACGAGGACGAAGGCUCCUUCAGCUCUCCGACCCUCUCUGAGGCCGUCAAGCAGCCCCUGUUUAGGAAGUCCAAGUCUCAGGCCUAUGCCAUGAUGCUGUCUCUGGCUGACAAGGACUCCCUGCACCCAUCCUCCCACAGCCCCGCCUCCAUGUGGCACAGCCUGGCCCGUGCCGCUGCCGAGUCCAGCGCUAUCCAGUCCCUCAGCCAUGUAUGAUGACCCCCGCCCUGCCUACCCAACCCCACAACUCCCCCCUGUACCUUUAGACAGGAACUUUGGGGUCCCAGACUGGAGCAAGUGGGCCCCUGAUUGUCUACUAAGUGACUGCUGAAGAACCACGGCCCAUGUGACUGCGGACCACACAGGGUCUACAGCCCGGACACACCUAUGAGUGAAAUAAACACACCCAAAUCGGACUCCUGGCGAAAGGGAUUGUGAUUCUGUGUCAAAAAAUGAAGCUGAAAUAAUAAUAGCUGUAUUUAUUCUGCUGAGUUUGUCUGUUUUGCACAGCACGGGCAGCUGGCGGGCAUACAGAUGGAUGUGCUCCUGUUUUAUUGUUAGUUUGUAUGUGUCUUAAAGGCAAAAACGUUUGAGCCGCGGAGGUUUGUGCAUUAAAAAAUAACCUAAUGAUUCCCUUAUAUGUUACAUGUCAGUGGAUGCCAUAUCGGAACACAGUGACACACAAUUUGAUAUAAUCUAUACAUUAAACAGACAAUUUUAAAAUGGAUUGGAUGAAAGCUCUUUUUAAACGGAAAAUAAUGGGGUCUGUAAAUCUGAUGUGAAACCCAGGCUAUUCUCACUAGUGACAAAGUUUACAACAUGGCUCUGGAUGUUCCUAGAAUUUAUUGGUUAUUUGUUUUGUUGUGUGAAUAAAGUAACAUCCAAGCCUCCAAGCAACAGUUCUUCUAUAAAAGUUCCAAUGUGAUUUCUACACAAACAUGGAAACCCAUAACUGAAAACUGUAUGUUAAUUGUAAAUAUGACAUGUCCUUGUUUCUCCUGAAUGUCUUUUCUAUGUUUCUGGAAUGUUGCAUAGACUCAUUUGAUUUGAUUGUGAACAGCAGAGGUCUGUGUGCUCAGACUUGGACAUGUAAAGAUUCCAGAGGAGCAGGGCAGAGCAGUUUGGUGGUGCCUUGCCAUGCUGCGUGUGUGGGCACAAUCAUCACACUGCUGUCACUCCUCGUGCCCCCUGCGCUGUCACACUACGGAAGACUGCCUCUAGUGGAAAGAAGAAGGCUUUUGUUGAUCCAUUCUGUUUGUUUUGCUUUCCCCAUGGGCAGUGAUGGAGCAGGUUUUGUAACAGACAGAUCUUUCUCAAAACCUUGAACUCAUCGUCGUCGGCCAACAGUACCACUGAAUAGCCUGAAUGCUAGUCGUUAGCUUCUCCAUGCUUGUGUGUCUUUCAUUUUUAGACAAUCAUGAUUUUGUUUCCAUUUUUGUUGGUGUUGUUGUUAAUAUUUACUGUUGUAUGUUGAGAAUUGUAUUUAUUUCUUGGCAAACUGUAGUUUGUUUACUGAAUAGCACUGCUCUUAGCCCAGGUGGAGGCCAAUGUCCUCCCUGGGCCUUUCCCAGACCUACAUGGGGAUUGUAGAUUAUACAUUUGAGUGCCAGAUAGUAUUAAACAUACAAUUCACUCUUAUUCUUUCUAACUGGUUGACAAAUAGAUAUGACUUAGGUUUUCCUAUGAAUCAUUUGUAAAAAUUACAAACAUAAAGAAUGAAGCAGCGGGUCUAAUUUGCUCAUAGACGCAUGAUUGGUCAGUCAGAUCUUUUCUACGGUUGUCUGCUCGUGUGACGUUGGGUUCAUGUUAAUCCUUUGUGCCAAACAAUGAGAAGUUCAUUUAUUCUCCCGUUUUGAGGGACCAGAUUUUUUUUUUUUUUUUCAUUUUGUUUAUAAUCAAUUUUAAAACAUAAUCAGCAAGUUGAGGUACUUUGUUUUAAUGCUUUCUACAAUGUAACUGUAUGCAUUUCAAUUCAGUACUGUGGGAGGAACAACUAAAUAA